UUGUUUAUUUGUCAACUCAACUCAACACUGCACUCUUUUUAUAAAUUUAAUUUUUGUUUUAUUUUUAAAACAGUUUACUUAAAUAAGAUAGAGAUUGCAGUCGCCUCUCGCCAAGAGGAGUGUGAUGAUAACAAGCUUCUGCGAUAAUCUAGUGCAAUAUAUUUUCUCGCUCCAAAAAAACAAACAUUCUUAAAAACCUUAUCGUUGUUAUCCCUCGAUCCGAACAGAGUGGAAAAUUACUGCUCGCGAUUAUUAACGCAUUCCAUAACUUACUCUCUUCUUCUUCCGACAAUGUCGAGUGAACGAUUAGUCAAAAGUACUUGGCAAGAACCUCGUUCGCCUCCAUUCUGCGAUUGUCCAUUUCCAAAAUGUACAGCAAUAACUGCGUUUAAGGGUAAUAUUCCGGACUUGGUCACUUGUCGGUGUGGUGAAGAAGAUUGCCAUACCAUGGAAUGGCAAUGGGACCAAAGUGACCCGGACAAAAUGAUCCAUGGUCCGGAUAUCACUUUUCAUCCAAUUUAUAGUCAGGGAACGACUAUAGUUCGAGGUGAUAAACCAUUAAAGCCUCAAAUGGUUCAUUUUUGGGAAAUACGCAUAAUUACUAUACUCUCGGGAACCGAUGUGAUGUUUGGAAUUGGAACAGACAAAGUUAAUUUAGAUCAAUUCAAACAUCACUUUGUUUCGGCAUUGGGAACAAAUAAACAAUCAUGGGGAUUUUCAUACAACGGUAUGAAACAACACAAUGGUUCCCAAAUUCCCUAUGGAAGUAAAUUUUCCCAAGGAUGCAUUGUUGGUAUUUAUUUAGAUUUAACUCGAGGACAUUUGGAGUUUUUCCUUAAUCGUCGAUCUCUUGGUAUUGCCUACACAAAUAUACCAAUUGAUCCAAAUAUUCAAAUUUAUCCAAUGGUAUGUUCAACUGCCGCUAAAUCUGCCAUUCGUUUAAUAAAUUCGACAUCACAAUCGGAUUGUUUGCAAUUGAGAGCAUUUAAAGCGCUUUCCAAACAACCAUCAUUAUUGACGGAGCUUAAAGAAAUGCCAGGAUUAAGAUCACUUUUAAAGUCUUAUUGGUUCUUUGUUCCACCAACAAGAUAUUCGAUUAGAUCUACACAGAAUGAAUUUGAUUUGGAAGAUGAGGCAAUUUUAUCAUCAUCGAGAUUGUCUCGUAAACAAAAGUUUAAAGUAUUCAAAUGGCGAUCUUUGUUUGGAGGUCAAAGCUUUAUGAGAAGUUAUUUUAAUCGUUUUGUGAACCAAUUUUAUGGUUUUUUCAAUAUAAUUUUUUAUAAAAUUAUAUAUUUGUAAAAUUUUUAUUUAAGCAACUUUAACUUAUAAGAACAAAUGAAGAACCUGAUAUAAAUGAUCUCUAUACAAAUGCUCAUAAAAUAGCAAUGCGUUCAGAAAGUGAUGACGAAUUUUCGGUGGAUGAUUUCUUUUAUUACUUGUUUUGAAGGAGCAAACAUGGUGGAAUGGUAAACCUUUUUUCAAAAAUCAAAGGAGAGAAGUGCGAAAUUUUGAUAAUUUUGUUUGCAUGUUUAAAAUUUUUAACGAUUGAUUUUAAAACUUGAAACCAAUAAAAUAAGAUGUCUAAACAAAA